AUGCGCGCGCACCAGUCAACCUGCGCCGCGAGGCUCGUUGUGCCCGGCGACGUCGUCCUGCGCCGCCGCCGCCGCCGCACACGUGGGAUGCGAUAUGCUGCUCUUUCAUGUGCUGCUUGCGCGGUACAAGACCGCUGCGAGGCCUGGCGGCGCUCCUCUGGUGCGGGGCUGUCCUCGGCCAGCAGGCUCGAGGGAGUCGCCGACCGGGAACUCCCCUCAGCACUCCCCCCCUUGACGUCAUGUUGCCCUUGCGUCCUGCUGCGCUGCGGCGCGCGCAACCGCCGCGGCGACGUCGCCGCCGGCCGCGGCAGCGAGGUCGGCGACCGUGCGGCCGGCGGCGUCCGUUGCGGCGAGCAUGCGCGCGACGACGCUGCUGUCUGCAGCGCUGCUGUCAACGAGGACGCCGGUCAUCUCAGGGUCCUGCGCCGUGACGGCGAGCAUGAGCGCCGUUUCCCCGAAGGCGUUCGCACACAGCGGGUCCGCGCCGGCCCGCAGCAGCAGCCGCGCGCACUCCCCCGGGUCCGGCGAGUACCCCCCGGGGAGAGUAAUUGUUGUACCCGGGGGGUUUUGCCCAGGACGACGGUGGCGCCCGGGGGCGGGAAGGGCCGGCGGUGGCGCACCGCGCCCAUGAGCGGCGUCGUGUCGUUCGCGCUGCGCUUAUUCGGGUCGGCCCCGCAUCGCACAAGGAGGUCGACGCUCGCCACCUGCCCAAAGAUACUGGCGCCGCGCAGCGCAGUGUGA